AUGAGAGGAUCUGCCAGUUCCAGACCAUCUCUUGAGAGGCUGCGUUCGACUCCAAAGCUGCCCAUGCUGCUGAAUAGCAGAAACCAGGCUGAAGCACGUUUGUCCACAGCGAAAGAUCACAAAUGCAAGGACUACUUCGGCCGCUGGCACAGUGUCAAGGAUCUGCGCGAUCGUCGGAACGCUGCGAUCCUCAAGGGCAUGCGGUGGAUGCACAAGUUCUUGACUGCCGACCGACAUCUUGCCCUUAUAGAAAUCGGGGAUGAUGCCGCCUGCAUCUUCUUUGAGAUUUGGUCGUCCUCGAUUUUGCGCGGGGCGGCACGUGGCAUUGCUCAGGAUCUAUUGGAGAAGUACGAGACACACAUUCUCGAAGGGCCAAGGUGCAACUGCCACUUUUGCCAUGGCCAGAUAUGCAAGAGACUGCGUGGCCGGGAGCUCUUCAUUGAGCUGAUGUAUCUCAUCCGUUGUAAAGAUGAGAUGGGUUUAGAUGCAUCUGCAAUGUUAAAGCGAGCUGAUGAACUCUGGCAACGGGAAGGUCUUCAUGAUACUGACAAGCUCUUUGGCAUGGAGAUCAAGGGCUUUCACAAGAUUCCGGACAGCGACUGGGUGGUUAAUAUCAUGAACAUCAUGAUCAUGGAAUUCAAUCAGCUGCUCUUCCCACGGCGUUGGCCCAUCAAAUGGGGACUGAAGGAGACCUUCGAGUUUAUUCGUGGUCACCGUUUCUUUGGGCCUCCAUACGAUCGUGAAUUCCGGUUUCACGACAGCUUCUACUUUGUCACUCAUAUCGCAUUUGCCAUCACGGCAUAUUCAGCGAUCAAGAUGAACCCCAAAGACGUACCGUGGCUCUACAACUACAACCGUCGGGGGUGCCUCUAUUGGGUGAAGAUGGCUCGCUAUCGGGAGUCGACGGUCCCAGAUCUUCUGCUGGACAUCGAUGGCCUCAGUGAAGCGAUGGAUGUGCUCCGGGGCUGUGGCAUGACGGACGGCGGCGACCGGCUGCUUUGUUCUGCUACCUUGGCUUUGCUGAAGCUUCAGCAGCCAGAUGGAUCCUGGCCACAUUGGGAGCUGGACAUCCUUCACCGUGGUCCUCAUGGAGAGCCUUUGGCAGCUUCUGGAAAACCCAACUUCUAUGAGCGUGUGCAUCCGACAUGGGUGGCAGUUCAAAGUCUUCGAGAUCGAAACUUUGAUUACGAUCGAAAAGGCAAUGUCCGCUGGGGCCACUACAUGGCCAAGCUUCUCAAGCAAAGCAACCUGCGAAAGCUGGAGUCAAAAGUCAGCUAUCGGAAGUGGCCAAGCCUUCGAAAGAAGAAGUACAAGCCAGUGGAGGCGGAGCCGUUGGAGUUGGAAGAGGUUUCUCCACUGGAGCCAGAGGAGCCGGAGGAGCCAGAGGACGCAGAAACGCAGUGGAAAGCAUUGCUAAUGAUCGGGACUGCAGAUGAUGAGGUCGAGACUGAAAGCGAAGCUGCAGAGCCAGAUGGUCUCAGCACGGAUGUCGCUGCCGAUUCUGCGAAUGUUGCAGAGAGUCCUUUUGGUUUGGGUCGAAUCUAA